AUGAAUUAAUAAAGUUUCGUGUAAGUAAAUUAAGAACAUGAUUAAAUAAAAAAAAGAGUCAACUCGCUUAAAUUUUAAUUAAAGGACAUUGAUUAGAAGAACUUCAUACUCCAUAAUAAAUUGAAAGACUUGAGACAAUUAUCACCCAAUGGUAGAAAAUCACCAAUUGCAUAAUUACAAGAAUAAUUGGGCUUGGAUAGGAAACUAAUUAGGGAGUAAUUUAAACCCAUAAUUGAGAGGGAAGGAAUUUAUGUAAGAAAUGAGAGACUGAAAACUGAAUCCUAAUUACAAAACUCAAGAAACAUAGAAAUUUAACAGAAAAAAAAAAGGGUCAAAUAAAUUGAAGAUUAGGAUUCAGAAGUAAUAAGAAGGAAGGCUGAGUACUAUGAAAAAAAGAUCAAUGAAGUUAGACAACGACAAUUGCAAGAAAUGGAAAUGAAUAAAUUAAUAGUUCAUAAGAAAAUAGUUGAAAUAAAUAAUCUUAAGAAACAAGAAUAAUAAUUAUUAGGAGAAAUCUCUCUGGCAAAAUAAAAGGAGUAAUCAUUAAAUGGCAGGUUCUGUAAUGUUGUUCUUUCUACUGAUAAUAGCAUUAUGUUGCCAACAAUCUAGAAGACAAACAGCAGAAUGAGCUAACAAUCUCAUCACAAAUAAAGACUUGUGUUGGGUAGUCAUUCUGUUCAAAGAUCUGAUAAAUUUGUAGAAAGAUUAUAACGAAAUGAUACAAAAAAUAACCAUAGUUCUUUUGUCGACUACGAUGAAAAUAGGAGAUUAAGAAUAGAAUAAAGAAAAUGCUCUUAAUCAAUAGAUUAAUUAAAUAUAGGUUGUCAGACAAGUUUUAUAAUGUCAGAUAAAAUCUAUGAGAGUGUUCAAUACUCAGAAAACUUUGAUUCUUAUUGUAGUAACAAUUAGGAAGAUUCUUCUGAGAUUGUUUAAACCUAAUAAUCAAAAUAAAAAAGUAAAAAAUGA